UACACCAUCAAUAUUUGCAAAUCUUUCUUAACAAAAUUUAUUUACUACAGUACUUCCAUCCAAUUGAUGUAGCCUGCUUGUUAGGUCCUGGUGGUUCUAACAUUCUGGAGCUUAGGAGUCCCGAUGCCCUGAAAGCGAGUGUAAUGAUGAAUCCACUUAUGACACACCCUUAUGAUCCUGCUCAAGUUCAUUCCUGGAAUUCCACGUAGGGAUAUCUGGGCAAGUCUAUUCAACAAUCAUUGUCCGGAAAAAGAAGAUAUAGGACUGUAUUUCUUUGCAAGUGAGAGAGAAAGGUCUGAGAUAUAUACUGAUCUGGUGGAGUUCAUGCAUACCAAAGAUUUGGUGAUGAGAACGUUUAUUAAUGAUGUUGAGCUACUUAUACUUGCAUCCAUAGCCCUGCGCAGUGAUUCUCAAAUUACGUCUAUUAUCUCUAUAUUCUUUUCUUAUACUUGUAGAGUUGUCUUUCACCUUGUGAUGUUCUUGCAGGAUGGAACAGCGAGCAUUUCCUGUGGGGAUUAUUUUACCGCGUGGGACAAGACACAGAUGGAUGUACCAAAGGGGGCAGCAACAAAGUGAUUGAUAUGGAGAUAGACAUGAUAGCUGAAGAAAAUAUAGGAACGCUGGACAUUGUUGUCUCGGAAACGACUUUCAAAAAUGGCUUUAAUAUAGCUCUUUAACAGAAGCUAUUACUACUGCUACCUGCAAUCUAGUUUGUGAAUUUGUUGGUUGGCUAUGUAUGAUAGUGCAACUAUAUUCAUGGCAUAUGUGUUUGGCUGAAUUGAGUAAUUUUGGUUCAAAUUUUGACAUAAUCCUUUCUAGUUUUAUGUUUUUGCAUUUUCAUUGUUGAUCUCUGUACUAGUUGAGUUAUUUGUACCAUGUCUUUUUAGUUUUGCUCAUGACAAUGUAACACCGGUUCUUGGGAGAUUGUUUUGCUUUUACAUUGUUAUUCGACUUUAUCUUUAUUAAUAA